AUGCCAGCGGCAGUCACGCCCGCGCGGCGUCAAAGCGGGUCGCCCGCGCGCGGAAAAGGCGGCGGUGGAAGCGGCGGUAAAGGCCUAGGAGUGUCCCCCAAGACAGGGAAUACCCCUCGGGGGGGUAAAGGAGGCGCGGGUCGGGGUGCACGAGGAGGGGCAAAGGCGGGAACGGCCGGAGCGCAGAAGAGCGGAGAUUCUGGCAAGAAGGCGCCGAAAAGAAUGUCGAAAUUGGAGCAGGAAGAGGAAGAAGAGGCGGAGGCGGCGAUGGAGGAGGACAUCGAAGAGAAAUUGGAACUCGAGGGUUUUGGCAAGGGGAAGGUUUUGGCCCUAGCGGACGAGGAGGAGGAAGAGGAAGAAGGGGAGGAGGAAGAUGAUGACGAGGAGGAGGACGAGGCGGAUGAGAAGGACAAUGUUAAAGCGGCGGGCGGCGGGAAGGAGAGGGCGUUCAGCGACGAGAAUCAGUCGUGGUUGAAAGUGAAGAAGAACUUGCUCGACGAUGAUGACGACGACGAGGAAGAUGAUGACGAUGCUAUGCCUGAUGACUUCGAAGGUGGCGAGGACGACGACGAGGGAAUGGACGAGGAGGGAGAAGAGGACGAAGACGACGAGGAGGAGGAAGAGGAGGAGGAGACGGCGUUUGAGCGCAAGGCGCGGAAGCUCGAAGCGCGGAGAGCGCAGGAGGCGGAGGACGCGGAGGCGGAGCUGCAGCUGAACAUACAGGACGGGGAGGACGUGGGGAUGCUGCUGCCCACCGACGAGGAGAGGGAGGCGGAAGCAGCAGCACCGCCAGACCUAUCGGUCAUUCAGAAGCGGAUCAAUGACAUCGUGCGCGUGCUGGGCAAUUUCUCCAAGCUGCGCGCGGAGACGGUGCCGCGCGCGGCGUACGUGCGGCAGCUGGCGGCGGACCUGGCGCUCUUCUACGGCUACAACGACUUCCUCAUGGACGCGCUCAUGCAGAUGUUCCCAGUGGCGGAGGUGAUGGAGUUUCUGGAGGCGAGUGAGAAGCCGCGCCCGGUGACCAUCCGAACCAACACCAUCAAGGCGCGCCGCAGGGAGCUCGCUGCUGCGCUCAUCAACCGCGGCGUCAACCUCGACCCGCUCGGGCCCUGGAGCAAGGUGGGCCUGGUGGUGUACGAAUCGCAAGUGCCGGUGGGAGCAACACCCGAGUACAUGGCAGGGCACUACAUGCUGCAGAGCGCGGCGUCGUUCCUGCCAGUCAUGGCGCUCGCACCACAAGAGAAAGAUGUGGUCGUCGACGUCGCGGCUGCUCCGGGUGGCAAGACGACGUAUGUGGCUGCGUUGAUGCGAAACACAGGCAUGGUGUUUGCGAACGAGUUGAAGCAGCCGCGGCUCAAGUCACUGAUCGCCAACAUCCAUCGCAUGGGCGUCACCAACACCACCGUCUGCUCUUACGACGGUCGCCACCUGCCCAAGCUACUGGGACUCAACUUUGCUGACCGGGUGUUGCUGGAUGCACCCUGCUCCGGCACAGGGGUGCUAUCAAAGGACUCGUCCGUCAAAGUGAGCAAGACAGAGGCGGACAUUCUCAACUGCUCGCAUCUGCAAAAGGAGCUGAUUCUAGCAGCCAUUGACAUGUUGAGUUCGGACUCGAAAAAUGGGGGGGGCUACCUUGUCUACUCCACGUGCUCCCUCAUGGUUGCAGAGAACGAGGCGGUGGUGAACUAUGCAUUGAAGAAGCGUGACAUUAAGGUGGUGCCCUGCGGACUCGACUUCGGCAGACCCGGGUUCAGCAAGUACAGGGAGCAUCGGUUCCACCCGUCGCUGGCACACACACGGCGCUUCUACCCGCACGUGCACAACCUGGAUGGCUUCUUUGUUGCUAAGAUCAAGAAGAUCAGCAACAAGAAGAAAGACGAGAAGGACAAGGACGAGGAUAAAGCAGGUGGAGAAGAGGAGGAGUCAGGGGAAGAGGAAGCAGGGGAAGUGGAGGAAGAAGGGGAGGAGGCUGAGGAGGCAGAAUCAGGAGAGGAUGAGGAAGGGGAGAUGGAGGAGGAUGAAGAGGGAGAGGAGGGUGAGGAAGGUGAGGAAGGAGAGGAGAAAAAGGCUGGGGUGGGUAAGAAGGGGAAGAAGAAGCGGGUGAGUGGGUCCCAGGAGAGUGCUGUGUAUUUCGACGCAGCCAAGGCGAAGGAGGCGACAGUGGAUCAGAUGGAGAAGCGGCGGCAGCAGCAGAACGAGCGCAAGGACAAGAAGGAGGAGAAGCGGCGGCGCAAGCAGCACAUGCUGAAAGAGAAGCUCAAGGCGCAGGGCGGGGUGAACAAGGGGUGGGGGGGCCGAGGCGGAGGGAGAGGAGGAUUUAGGGGAGGCCGAGGUGGGAGAGGUAGAGGGCGAGGGUUUGGCGGAGGCCGGGGAGGGGGAUUUGGCGGGGGCCGGGGGGGAGGCUUUGGAAGAGGGCGAGGGGGCUUCGGAGAAUCCCUCUUCGCGAUUCUCGCCAACACGCACACGCUCCUCCCGCUCGCGCUCGCCGUCGCCGUCCCCCUUAUAAGCGGCUCCAUCGUCGCGCUAGCAGCGAGUCCGCUGCAGGAGUGGUACGCGGAGCUGCAGCGGCCGUGGUUCCAGCCACCCGAUUGGCUCUUCGGCGCCACGUGGUCGAUCCUGUAUCCAAUCAUGGGCGUCGCGUCGUUCCUCGUGUGGCGCGAGGGCGGAUGGGCGGCUCAGAGAGGACCGUUGCUGCUUUAUGGCACGCAGCUACUGGUGAAUCUGGCGUGGCCUGUCGUGUUCUUUAAGAUGCACAGGAUCGGUGCCGCGCUGGGAGUCAUAGCGCUCCUCCUCCUCCUGGCGUGCCUCACGCUCCUCUCCUUUGCCACAGUCAGCCCGCUGGCAUCAGCUCUCUUCCUGCCCUACGUCCUCUGGGUGGCCUUUGCCACAGCACUUAACCUUGCGCUCUGGCCGGCUGCUGCUCAUGCUGCUUCUACUAAUUCCGCUGCUACUGCGUCUCUUUCUCGCAAGCAGCAGCGCCAACGCCAGAGGCAGCAGGACUUGGUGGCCCGACAGUCAGAGUACAAGGGAUACUCGCUCGGCGCACUCAACAUUGCUCCUGUGGGCACAGGGAAACCCAGGAGGAGUCAUGCCGCUGGUGUGACAGACAAUAGCAGUACUGACAGGGACUCUACUGGUUCAUCAGGAGCUGUUGCUGGCUUAGUUGGAGCUACGGCUGGAGCUGUUAGGUGUGACUGUUCGGAUGGGCCUAACGCCUGA